GGACGAUAUAAAACGAUGUCAGCGCUGGCAGAUGAUCAUUCAGUUGAGGAUCUUCAAGCGUACAGUACAUCCAAGCGGUAGGCAGACAUGAAGGCGUUCAUUGUGUUCUCUGUGGUCCUGGCCCUUGCCAGCGCGGGUGCAGUCGACAGCUCCAAUAAGGAAAAGCGAGGACUGUGGGAACUGGGAUCGGCUCAGCACGAUUCGUACGAAAGCUACGGCUAUGACCAUCAGCAGUCCCAUGGAUACUACGGCAACGACUACGUCCAGAAGGAAGUGAAACAGGUCAUCACCAAGAAGGUUCCAGUUCCGUACCCAGUGGAGGUCGAGAAGCACGUUCCAGUCGAGGUGAAGGUCCCGUACCCAGUUGAGGUCGAGAAGAAGGUCCCGGUCGUCGUUGAGAAGAAGGUCCCGGUGUACGUGGAGAAGAAGGUCCCAGUGCACGUUGACCGUCCAUACCCAGUUGAGGUGAAGGUCCCAGUCCAUGUCCCGGUGUACAAGAAGGAGUAUGUCGAGGUCCCGAAGCCAUACGCAGUUCAUGUCGAGAAGCCUUACCCAGUGUACGUGAAGCAGCCAGUGUACGUCGAGAAGCAGGUCCCAGUGACGGUGCACAUCAAGGAGCACCACAAGAAGCCAUUCUGGGGUUGAAAGACUGUUUAAGAGAUGUAGAGAAACUGGUAGAAUAAAGAUACAACACUGAAAUAUUA